AUGUUAGCAGCAUCUUUGAUCUGGGGAAUAGUGGUGAUACUAUGCUGUUGUUUUUGGUUUAUUCUGGGAAUAAGGAGGAGGCGUCCAGGUGAGCCGCCAGUGGAAAAUGGGCUACUUCCAUAUCUGGGCUGCGCUUUGCAAUUUGGUGCCAACCCUCUUGAAUUUCUCAAAGCAAGACAAAAGAAAUAUGGGCACAUUUUCACUUGCAAAGUGGCUGGAAAAUAUGUUCAUUUUCUCACUGACCCUUUUUCAUACCAUUCAGUGAUGUGCCAAGGAAGGCAUUUGGACUGGAAAAAGUUCCACUUUGCUGCUUCUGCAAAGGCUUUUGGACAUGGCAGUAUUGACCCACGUGAUGGAAACACCACUGAAAAUAUGCAUCAGACUUUCAUUAGAACCCUGCAAGGUAAUGCCCUGAAUUCCCUCAUUGAAGCUAUGAUGGAAAAUCUACAAUAUGUCAUGCUGCAAUCAAGUACAUCUAAACUGCAUUCCAACAACUGGGUAUCAGAUGGGCUUUAUGCGUUCUGUUGCCGGGUGAUGUUUGAAUCUGGCUUUUUAACACUUUUUGGCACAGAGUUUAAUUCAACCCAAGACAAGAAUCUAUCUCAGCAGGAAACCCAGAGAGCACUUAUUCUAAAUACUCUUGAAAACUUCAAGGAUUUUGAUAAAAUUUUCCCAGCCCUUGUUGCAGGCGUGCCUAUCCAUGUGUUCAAGAGCGCCCACAAUGCACGGGAGAAGCUGGCAGAGGCUCUACUCCAUGAGAACCUCAGAAAAAGGAACAAUAUCUCUGAGCUCAUCACUCUCCGUAUGUUCUUAAAUGACACUCUAUCGACUUUUGAUGAUAAGGAAAAAGCAAAAACCCACCUGGCUGUACUAUGGGCUUCACAAGCUAACACAAUACCUGCUACUUUCUGGAGCUUGUUCUAUCUUAUAAGGAGCCCAGAAGCAAUGAAAGCAGCUACUGAAGAGGUGCAAAAAACACUGGGAAAUGCUGGUGAAAAGAUCGACUUACAUUUGCCAUCUAUCUCCUUGAAUCGAAAACAACUGGAUAAUAUGCCAGUAUUAGAUAGUAUUAUCAAGGAAGCAAUGAGGUUGUCCAGUGCAUCCAUGACUGUCAGAGUUGCUAAGGAGGAUUUCACUUUGCACUUGGAUAAUGACUCCUACAACAUCCGCAAAGAUGACAUUGUAGCUCUUUAUCCUCAGCUGCUGCACUUUGAUCCAGACAUCUAUGCUGAUCCCUUGACAUUCAAGUAUGAUCGCUAUCUCAAUGAGAAUGGAGAAGAAAAGACUAUCUUCUAUCGCAAUGGUCAGAAGUUAAGAUAUUAUUACAUGCCAUUUGGAGCAGGAGUAGCAAAAUGUCCUGGAAGAUUAUUUGCUGUCCAUGAAAUCAAACAGUUUUUGACUUUGGUACUUUCAUACUUUGAAAUCGAGCUUCUUGACAGCAAUGUGCCGUGUCCUUCUUUAGACCAAUCCCGAGCAGGGCUGGGUAUUUUACAACCAGCUAAUGACAUUAAUUUCAAGUACAGAUUAAAAUGUCUGUGAAUAUAUAAGACAUUUUACCUAUAGGGGAAAAAAAAUCAGUAUCGAGAUUAUCAUUGAUCUAAAACCCCCAAACAGAUUGCAUUAGCAUUAUGGUGUAAUGUGAACACCACACAGUGCUGGUAGGGAUUACAGAAAUGGCUGUUUUUCCUUUCACCAGGGUUAUCAUAGGCAAACUGAGAUUUUUGUAUUGGGGAAUCAGGCAUACAUUUUCUUUAUUGCCAGCAAACACAACUUCUUCCUGUGAAUGGAGUAAGAAUAUUGCCCUCUGAGUUAAAUUAUUUCCCCAUAUUUGCUUGUAAACAAUUUUUUUGCCAUUUUCACAGAUGAAAGGUCUUAUUUUUUUCAUUAUUGCAACAUUUUUGUUGUAUAAUGGCAGGACAUUUUUGUUUUGUACCUGUGGAAAAUGCUUUAUGUUUUCAUGAAAAACUAGCACAAUUUUUGAGGAAAACCUACAAAAUGUUUCACGUUUUAGUGAAACUGCACCAGCUUGUACUAUAUUCCUGGUGUGAGAAUCUUUUCACAAAACUCGAACCACAUGGGCAUGAAUCAUAUUGACUGAUGGAAAUGCUUCUGUCAGUUGUCUGCUGUUUCAUCAUUUUUCAACAAUCCAAUGUCAAAGCACUGGGGUCAACCAUGAUUCGUUUGGCAAUUCUAUACAAUUUUAUUCAUUUCAGUGUUCCAAACACUGGGUAAUUAACAUCAUACAAGACCAAUUAAAUUUGGAUUGAUUUUUUAGGAAAAUUUCUUCAGGGUGUAAAAGGUGGUUUUGUGGUCAUCUGUCAAUGAAAAGAACAAAUGAGAAUCUAAUCUAUAAUUGGGUUUCCCCAUUCCUUGUUUUUAGGGAUUGAAGGUCUGAUCUUGCAACCCUUACUCAUGAGAGUAACCCCUUCCAGGAAGAGAUCACACAAAGAGCUCUCAGCCAUUUCCAAACUCCAUAUACAGGCAAAUAUUCCAUUACAACUAGUAAAA